UAUCGCCAGAAUGAGAAAAGGUGUUAGAUAAAGCGACGAAAAGGGGGAUAUAGGGAUGACCUGAGGCGACCCACCACUAGGGUAUAGUGAUGUCAUGCAUGGUCUAGCCCGAAUCGCAAAUCAACAGGUGGAAAAGCUUUCAUUAUUAAUAGAGUAGUGUGGGAUCGAUCGGCGAAGCCGCUCUCCCAGUGUGGUAGUAGUUUCGUCCCCGCCAUUGAUCCAUCCUAGUUUCACGACACCGCCCCAAGAGGGACACGCUCCUUUGUCUUAACCCUCAAUCUAGACUCGCGCGAGACAGUCACAUAUUCAUUUCCGUAAUACCAAUACGAAAACCGGAAGGAGAACAUGGUACGACGUCACGGUUUUCCUUCGUAUUAGUACAGGCUUCUCUGAAAACUAUGGCAACGACAAUCUGAUCAAUUGCUCGUGUCCGUAGCUCGCCCUGACACAGGGCCUUCCAUAGUGACAACACAACGACUAUGUGUGUCGACAACUCUGGGAUUUACCGGAAAUAAAAAGUUUGAAGAAUUCUUCUCUGUGUGUGUUGGUGAAGAGAAGGAUGCAGGAUGAACAAAGCCUGGAUCUACAUGGUUCCUAUCUGUAUCCUCCUAGGAUGUAAACACGUUCUGGCCAUAGACUGUUAUGUGUGUUCCUCGCUGCAGCACGGAAAUCCGGACUGCGAGGACAAAUUUGACCAGAACCUUAAGACGUCGGUGUUUAUAGCGAGGAAAUGUGAUUUUGGCUUCUUCAAGGCUACGCAUUGCAUCAAGCUCAAAGGAACAAGAGAGGACGGGACGUCAAUACUUGUCCGCCAAUGUAGCAACGAGGACUGGGGUAGUCACUGUGGCGAUAUCAAGUACGAGAUCGGGGACAGCUCAGAGAUGGUGUAUGGUUGCCUGGAAACGUGCAACUUUGAUGGGUGUAAUACAUCCAAUCAUUUUACAGUAAACAAUAUCUGCGUGAUAGGAAUUCUAGGACUCAACUUCCUGGUGCGCAAAUGGCUGUUAUAGCAAUUCGAAAUCCCUGCAUGAAAAAAGUCUACUUUGAUAUGCCAAACAAAUCGAUGAUAUCCAUCUGUGUCAUUAUCUUAGGAGAUGUGGAUAGGGAUGUGUACAUACGUGCUCCAAGUAGCGGAUAUUACUACGGGCGCUGAACAAAUGUUCAGUAACCAAGGAGGUUGUUAUGGUUAGUCUGCACAGACGUUUGGUUUGUUCCUUUGUGUUCUUAUCUCGUAUUAGUGACAGUUUCGUAUUAAAAAGUAUCAUUUAUUACUCCACGAUGAGAGGACAUUCUACGUGUAUAUAAUGAAAAGCGCAGUUAUUUAUUCAUUUUUUUUUUUUUUUUUUGAAGCAAAAUAUAAGGAAGAAAUCCUCACCGAUUAUUGGCAUAUUACACACAACCCCUUAGUGAACAUGUUAGUGAUGACGUUUCACCAAUCUGUAUAUUAUCUCAUAGAUUUGGUUGUGAUUAGUCACAUUGUAUAUACAUUUAGCGAUAAAUAUCCGAUUCAAAUCUAAAUGUGAUCCAUAUAGUACGACUUACUGCAGAUAACGAACAUUAUGGGUUAAUAUUACCGAAACCUGAAUAGUAGACAUUUAGUUUGAAUUGUUUUGAUCUUAGUCAAUCCUGUGGACGGUGAUGAACGUGAGGCUCCCAAGCCUAACAGAAGAGCUCGAUGACAAGUAACAAGUGAUAAAGUAAGAGUUGUCUACCGUUAAACUGGAUCUACUGUUCAGUAACAUUUAGUGCUAAGAAUUCAUACAUGCAUACAAAGAUAUUGAUAUUUUAUUUUAAAGCAAUUAAUUAACUUAUCUGAGUUUUGUUUUCAAAAAGCAACUGUUUCCACUAUGUUGAUAGGUGUUUCGAAGUAUGCAAACACCUCACUAAACUUCUAUAGUGCUAGACAGAUUAUACAAUGGCCACCAGCCAAUCACACAGUGUGUGACGUCUCGUACCAGUAUACCAUGCUCAUAUUUAUUGUUUACUGCAGUACUGUGAUUUAAAUAUUAAUUGAUGUUGGACUUCAAAUAAUAACUUUAUAAGCUAGUUUCUCUUUUGUGGCAACGAACGAAAUUUAUGUUAAGUUACUGUCCAUACGUAUAGUUUUGUUAUUAUUAUUAUUAUACUGUUUGUGUAUAUUUAGGAAGUUCUUUGAUUAGUGUUUUCAUUUAUCACAAUGACAUUUGUAAGUAAAUAUCCACGUUUAAAACAAAGGGUGUAUAUUAUACUAUUUUCUACUUAACUAUGCACAUUGAUACCGUUUUAACAUGCAUUAUGUAUGAUAUAAACUGUUAACGUAUUUAUGUUGAACGUGAAUGACCUCCAUGUAGUUUUCCUCAGACCAUUCGUAUAUGGACGUAUCGCCUGUUGUCUCCUGUCUUAUCUUAUCCUGCAGAGUCGUUAUUUGUACGUUGUUUUGUCGAGACAUUUAACAAAAAUAUCCUUGAUUGCAUAUACUCUACUUAAUAAAUGAAAAAAGUCAAGUAAAUCAAUUCUUGACCACAAACUGUGAACCAUUAUUAUUGCUUAUAUGUUGUGUAAUAAUAAUCGGAUUGAAGAAGAAUGUUUGGAUUUUGUAUACAACAUACAGUUGCCAUGGUUGUACUGGUGAGCAAAGACGUCAACCCCACGUCACGUAGUUUGUGAGAUAUUAGAAUGGCCUGCUGUAGAACGUCAUGAUAUCUUGACAAAUUUGGAUAUAAGCGUUUAUUUCGAUGGUUUAUUUGCCCUGAUAAUGAUAUUUGAAAAGAAUAAACGACAUAGAUCAGUUAUCUAUCACAAGUAAUAUGCCUCAUGCUUUACAGACUGUUCCGAUGAUCGUGUCCCAUGGUUAUAGACUGUGUUCCAAUGAUCGUGUCCCAGGGUUAUAGACUGUGUUCCAAUGAUCGUGUCCCAGGGUUAUAGACUGUGUUCCAAUGAUCGUGUCCCAUAGUUAUAGACUGUGUUCCGAUGAUCGUGUCCCAUGGUUAUAGACUGUGUUCCAAUGAUCGUGUCCCAUGGUAAUAGACUGUGUUCCAAUGAUCGUGUCCCAUAGUUAUAGACUGUGUUCCAAUGAUCGUGUCCCAUGGUAAUAGACUGUGUUCCGAUGAUCGUGUCCCAUAGUAAUAGACUGUGUUCCGAUGAUCGUGUCCCAUGGUUACAGACUGUGUUCCAAUGAUCGUGUCCCAUAGUUGUAGACUGUGUUCCGAUGAUCGUGUCCCAUAGUUAUAGACUGUGUUCCAAUGAUCGUGUCCCAUAGUUGUAGACUGUGUUCCGAUGAUCGUGUCCCAUAGUUAUAGACUGUGUUCCAAUGAUCGUGUCCCAUGGUUAUAGACUGUGUUCCGAUGAUCGUGUCCCAGGGUUACAGACUGUGUUCAAAUGAUCGUGUCCCAUGGUUAUAGACUGUGUUCCGAUGAUCGUGUCCCAGGGUUACAGACUGUGUUCCAAUGAUCGUGUCCCAGGGUUAUAGACUGUGUUCCGAUGAUCGUGUCCCAUGGUUAUAGACGGUGUUCCAAUGAUCGUGUCCGAGGGUUAUAGACUGUGUUCCAAUGAUCGUGUCCCAGGGUUACAGACUGUGUUCCAAUGAUCGUGUCCCAGGGUUGUGGACUGUGUUCCGAUGAUCGUGUCCCAUAGUUAUAGACUGUGUUCCGAUGAUCGUGUCCAAUGGUUACAGACUGUGUUCCAAUGAUCGUGCCCCAGGGUUAUAGACUGUGUUCCGAUGAUCGUGUCCCAUGGUUAUAGACUGUGUUCCGAUGAUCGUGUCCGAGGGUUAUAGACUGUGUUCCAAUGAUCGUGUCCCAGGGUUAUAGACUGUGUUCCAAUGAUCGUGUUCCAUGGUUAUAGACUGUGUUCCGAUGAUCGUGUCCCAUAGUUAUAGACUGUGUUCUAAUGAUCGUGUCCCAUAGUUAUAGACUGUGUUCCGAUGAUCGUGUCCCAUAGUUGUAGACUGUGUUCCGAUGAUCGUGUCCCAUGGUUAUAGACUGUGUUCCGAUGAUCGUGUCCCAUGGUUAUAGACGGUGUUCCAAUGAUCGUGUCCCAUGGUUAUAAACUGUGUUCCGAUGAUCGUGUCCCAUAGUUAUAGACUGUGUUCCGAUGAUCGUGUUCCAUGGUUACAGACUGUGUUCCAAUGAUCGUGUCCCAGGGUUAUAGACUGUGUUCCAAUGAUCGUGUCCCAGGGUUAUAGACUGUGUUCCGAUGAUCGUGUUCCAUGGUUAUAGACUGUGUUCCGAUGAUCGUGUCCCAUAGUUAUAGACUGUGUUCCAAUGAUCGUGUCCCAUAGUUAUAGACUGUGUUCCGAUGAUCGUGUCCCAUAGUUAUAGACUGUGUUCCGAUGAUCGUGUCCCAUGGUUAUAGACUGUGUUCCAAUGAUCGUGUCCCAGGGUUAUGGACUGUGUUCCAAUGACCGUGUCCCCUGGUUAUAGACUGUGUUCUAAUGAUCGUGUCCCAUAGUUAUAGACUGUGUUCUAAUUAUCGUGUCCCAUAGUUAUAGACUGUGUUCCAAUGAUCGUGUCCCAGGGUUAUAGACUGUGUUCCGAUGAUCGUGUCCCAUAGUUAUAGACUGUGUUCCGAUGAUCGUGUCCCAGGGUUAUAGACUGUGUUCCAAUGAUCGUGUCCCAUAGUUUUAGACUGUGUUCCAAUGAUCGUGUCCCAUAGUUUUAGACUGUGUUCCAAUGAUCGUGUCCCAGGGUUACAGACUGUGUUCCAAUGAUCGUGUCCCAGGGUUAUGGACUGUGUUCCAAUGAUCGUGUCCCAGGGUUAUGGACUGUGUUCCAAUGAUCGUGUCCCAUAGUUAUAGACUGUGUUCCAAUGAUCGUGUCCCAUAGUUACAGACUGUGUUCCAAUGAUCGUGUCCCAGGGUUAUAGACUGUGUUCCGAUGAUCGUGUCCCAGGGUUAUGGACUGUGUUCCGAUGAUCGCGUUUCGAUUGUUAUGACAUUGUAGAGUCAACCUGUUAUAAGUUUACACAUUCGUUUUGUGUUACUGUCCGAAUCCUUUGAUAACGUAUUACAUAAAUUUAUACCAUCAAGCAGUUAAGACUUUAGCUGUAGGAAACUUGGGAUAUGCCGUGGUCGGAUUACCGGAUGAGAGACGUUCUAGUCUGUGUGGUAUAGAUGGUACAGUAUACAUUAUUACACAAUACAGCCGAUGUUAUACAGCAUACAGUGUAGUUCAGGGUACACCAGUGCCAUGUCAGAUUUCCUGGAUCAACGGAAAACCCAGAAUUAUUAGUUAAAGUCACAUAUGACCGUAUUUGGAAUAUAUUUUGAAACCCCCCCUCAGAUAUGUCACGUGACGACAUCACCUCAGCUCAUUAUAGUGCCGUAAUCAAACAUCCUCUUUUUCAAAUAAAUGUAUAACGUAUCUUUUCGUUCGCUCCCUCGAGAUCAGCGUUAGUCGUUUCUAUAACCCUUGUUCUAUAAAGCUGAUCCGGAUGUUGUAAGCGUUUUCCUAAUGAUCGUAUUUCUUACUUCUGAUUCAUUUUUUCCUGUAAAAGUCCUAUAGAUGUUUUGCCUCAUUCAUCGACAAUUCAUUUUACACGACAUUUACACAAUGCUUCUUGGAUGUCCACAUCAACACAUUACAGAUAACACAACAUCUAGGAUGCAAGAUAAGCUCUUAUUAAUAUCAAACACUAUUAUUGUAUUUUAUUUAGACAGUAAAAAGCGAAUACCUCGAAAAAUAAAAACCAUAUUUGAUGUGUUUUAACGUUGUAUCUAUAAGCAAAAUGAAUAGAUAUGAAUGUCGGUCAUAUCGCUCGAGGUCGAUAAGUGCUUUAUGAUAUAUAGUGUUCAUACAAAGGCAAGUCUUAAAAAAGGCGGAUAAAUCGAGGAUUUCAAAAUCAUGCUGUGAGUGUUUAUACAUUCAUUACAUCUUAACCACCCAAAACGUUAAGAGAUGCUUAAAAAUAGUAAUUUGCAUUCGAAAUGGUGAAUAGUAUGCAUGUACCAUUAUGUAAUCCGAGAUUAAAUCAGUAUAAAUUAUAAUCGUAGGUUUUACAUGAAUAUAUCGUAUAUUCACUGUCGGAAACUGUUUUGCUUGGAAAUAUAUAAUGUUCAGAUUACUUAUAAAAUCGUGUAACGGGCCCAAUCGUGAGAACAUUAAACUAUAUUACUCCUCAAACGCAGCUAGUUUCGAGAACAUCGAUCUGUAUAGAAUCUGUGUUGGUCGUUAGUAAUUUACCAGGAUUUGGGCGCUCAUAGCAUCCAAACGUUUACGUUGAUCGGGCAGAAGUAUCAUACCGAAACUGCAUGUGAAGUAACAUUUAAAAAAAACAUUGGUGCAAUUUCUAGAGCAGCAAUAGUUUGAAAUCGAGGCCCCAUCUCGAGACAUUGGCCGCCUGCGUCGUUGUAAAGGAGGAAAGUGAUUCGUUGACAGUUAAUAACUACAUUUAUACUGAAAUGAUACUAUAUCUCUGCAUCACGAUUAGCUUCUCCAUCAGUAAGUAUAGCUUAUUAAUUUGCUUUAUUGAAGUGUAAUAAAAAUGUUUUUAAAUAGUUUCUUAAAAAGAUUAUUUUGAUUUUACAACAUAUAGCCACUAGCCUGCUUGCCCGUUCCCGAUUUUGGUAGGUUUAUGUGUAUUGGAUUUAAAGCCAAUAAAGUUGAAACAGUCAA